AUGUCACCCGCCAUGGGCGUAGGCACGAACCGCCCCGUUGCGCCUCGUCCAUCAUCAUCACGACAGAUCCAGCCGACCCCUCCGAGUGCGAGCGGUAGCAGGAAUGAUUCCACAAGACGGGCUAACGUAAGUGCCCGAUCUUCAGGAAAUUCGUCGGGUACUUCCUCAGUUCCCCUGUCCCAGAUCGAGAAGAGUGUAACACAUCUCCUUGUCGCCACAAAACAGCUGCUGGAGACCCUUACACAAUGGUCGCGAGGGAACGCCACCGACACGCAGGUGUCCGAUGUAUAUGUCCGCCUGGGCUACGAAUUCAACAUGGCCUGCCGCGCCUUCACCGCCAUCAAUGUCGACACAUCAGACCUGGGCAAUGUACCAGAACUGCUGCGGACCAUUUUGGAGGCCACUUUGAGCCAGGAAGCGAGCGCUGAGAGUUUGGAGAAAUAUCUGCCCAAGAUCCGGGAUAUCAUCAUCAACCUACUCCAUGGGCUCAAGCGGAAGCAAACGAGGCUGAGACAGAAGCAACAGCGCGAGAGGGAGAUUGCUCCUUCAGGCGAUCAGAGCGGCUCCGGUGGCGCUGCCGCCGCGAGCAACCCUUCUAUACCAGCGCGCACCACCAGCUCGAGUACAACGGGUAGCGCCAACACGGGACUUACAACUCUGUUGAACGAGGGUCUGGAGGAAGGAUAUGGGCAAAGAGAAGAUGGGCGCAGCAAUGCGAUGGGCUCUCCUCGGCGCUAUGCUUCUCAACGGGACCCUUCUCGCGGCUCGGUUAACUCGGAGCAGUCGAGUCUCUCUAGCAACACCAUGCAGAAUAUUCCCGUUCUCCCACCCUACCCCGGUGAUGAGACAAUCCCAUCCGGGCCUUCGGCAAGCGACUUGAGUAGCUUAGACAAUUUUCCUCCUCCGCCGCCGCCGCCCAAGGCAUCGCAGCAAAGCGCGCUGGCGGCUUUGCAGAGAGGUGGUGACCUGGAAAGGAGGGCGUCUCGGAGAUACUCGGCUUACCAAAUCCAGAAGCACCUUGGUGCUCAGGCACCAGGGAUCCCAAUGCUCCCACCCCAGACUACCCCGGUGCCCAACCGCGGACGGGGGGAGAUCAGGGAGUCGAUGCGUGCGAUGCAGGCCCGGGACAAUCUUGGCCACAAGCGCAAUGUCUCCAGCCGGUCACGGGCCGUUGCCCUUGAUUCUUCUCCCGUCCGUGUCCCCAGCCGGGUCUCGGAGGAGCCAGAAGGCUCUGCCGAGCUGUCGGCCUCGAAGGCAGAACUGCCCGUGCCUGAAUCGCCCGAGGACAAGUACCGGCCAAGCGCCACUUUGAAUGGGCCACUGAGCGACGAUCUGACGCUCAUCGGUGCCGAAGAUGCAGCCCAGGAGAAGCGCACAGUGCCAACUCCAGCGCGAGUCCCGCCAGCAGCCAGAGCCCAAACUCCAGAGAAGCCACCGAGCACUGUGACAGAGACGUCGCCCGCCUCGACGAAGGAGCUCACUCUAUUCCUGCAGUACAAGUCCAAGGUUAAGAAAUUCGUGCUCCCCGAAGGAUACGAAGAGUUAUCAAUUGGGCGCUUGCAACUAGCUUUUAUCGAGAAGUUCUCGUGGAACACGCAGCAAAACGGCGCCGACUUGCCAGACAUUUAUAUCCAGGACCCUAUCUCAGGCGUGCGGCACGAGCUGGAAGAUCUCUCGGACAUCAAAGACCGCACCGUUCUCGUGCUCAAUGUGGAACCACUGGAUGAAGUCAAGAAGCACAUUGACGAUGGCCUCGGCUCGCUCAAGCAGCUGGUGCAGGAGAUGAAGCAGAACGUCGAUGACCAGGGGGUAGCUUUACAGAGGGUAUCGGAGCGGCAGCAGGAGACGGCCAAAGACGUGGCGCGGUUGGCCGCCGCUCCACCUACCAUCAUGGCGGCGCCCGUUGACUCUCCAAAGCACACAGGGCCGGUUUCAGCAUCGCGCAAACUUAGCUCGGCGCAACUCUCUGAGAUACAGAGCCUUCGGCGCGACCUCGCUGUCCUCCGCCAGACCUACUCCAACUUUCAGUCCGAAAUCCAAGGCUCCAUGUCGGCCCUCCGCAACAAGGCUAACAACGUUAAAGUGGCGGCCGCCAAGGUGGCGGUGCCAGAUAUCGAGGGCGAUACUGGCCGCGCAUACGUAGUCAACGGACGCAAGCAGCUCAACACGGACAGCGACCGGCUCGUCAACAAGGUCGACGACCUGCAGGACCUCGUAGAGGACCUCCGCAAGGAUGUCGUUCACCGCGGCGUGCGUCCCUUGCCGCGCCAGCUCGAGGCCGUCACCCGCGACAUUAGUCUCCUCACCAAAGAGCUCAACAAAAUGGAGGAGUACAUGAAGCGCGAGAAGCCCAUCUGGACCAAGAUUUGGGAAAAGGAGCUGGAGGAUGUCUGUCAGGGGCGGGACGAGCUGCGGCUGAUGGAGGAUCUGAUUGUCGAUUUACGAGACGACCUAGAGAAGGCCAGCGAGACAUUUGCCCUUGUCGAGCAGGCCACCAAGGAACAGAUGAAAGACGCUGGCGCGGGGGGCGGCGGCGGUGGGGGCCCUGGCGGAGUGGUGGGUAGGCAGUUCAGUAAAGGACUAAACAGCAUACGGGAGAAUGCGGCCAUGAUCGACCCGAGGGACGCCAAGGAGGGCGUGCUGGGCGAGGUCAGAGCGCUCCAGCCGAAUCAUGAGAACCGCCUCGAAGCGAUUGAGCGAGCCGAAAAGCUACGCCAAAAGGAGCUGGAGAGCAGGCGGGAGAACCCGCUGAAGAAAGAGCUGGCUAAUUUCGUUGAGGAGGGCAAGCUCAAGAAGUCUGGCGGUGUGGAGGAGGUGGAGCGGGCGAGGAAGGCCAAGGAGGAAAGGAUUCGCAGGGAGGUGUGGGAGCGCCAGAACGGAAUCAUCCCCGAGAAUCCUGUCGGGGAGGAGGCCGGUGAGGGAGAGCAGCCCAAUGGCUCCGCCGAAGCGGUCGCGGGUGAAGGGUGA